AUGCCUCUCAAAAACCGUCUCUUCAAGCCCUCCAGCCCCACCAGCAAGCUCUCCCCCACCUUCUUCGAGACCCUCCCCCCCGAGCUCAUCCUCGAGCUCAUCCUCAGCCUCCCCAGCUUCGGCGACCUCAACGCCCUGAUCAGCGCCUCCCCACACACCCUCCGCAUCUUCAACACCUACACCACCACCAUCCUCAACCGCCUCUCGCGCAACAUCAUCGGGCCCGAGGCCUGGCACGACAACGUCGUGGUGCUCAUCUGCCAGCGCCAUCGCUGCCCCGUCGCCGAGCCCGCCCGCCUCAUCAGGGACCUCAUGAACCAGUUCACCUUCACGCGCGCCGACAUCCCGCACAUGGCGUCCAACGAGCGCGUCUACCGCACCUGCUCGCAGCAGCUCGCCGCCGCGACCACCACGGCGCCGUCGUUCCUCGAUGCGCCGUUUGCCUUCCGGGUGAUGCCGGAUGGCGCCGCGCCGAUGCAGAUCUCGCUGCGCAACACGCCGGGGUGCCCGCGCAAUGGCGUGCUGCCGAGGAGGAUGUUUUAUCGCGUGUGGGUGUACUGUGUGGCGACCAAGUUUGAGAAUGUCGGCUUCCCGGUCGAGUAUUUGUCGUGUGCGCAGAGGAUUGAGCUGAGGCUGGUGCAGUACCUGAUGAAGCCGAAGGAGGUCAAGAGGGUGAUUAACUAUGAGCUGAUGGUGGGGUUUAAGGGGAGGAGGCCGCCGAGGUUGAAGAGGUUGCUGGGGGCGGUGAAGCCGCAUGCGGAGAGGGCGUGGGAGAGGGUUUUGGGGCUGCCGAGGGAGGCGGUGGAGGGUUGGGAGGAGUUUAAGGCGUUGGGGAAGAGGGGGCUGUGGACUAUUAUUGAGAAUCUUUAG